AGAAUGGAUAUCUCAUUACCGGACAAUGAGAGAAGUAUAAGAACAGCAUUUCACAAGAAAAAGGAAGAAUUGAUUAAUGAAAAAAGAAUGUUCAUGGACUGUCCGAAAUGUCUCAUGAUCUUCUUUGAUAUGAUCAUGUACCGUAUGCAUAUGGCAAUGCACAUACCUCUACCAUCUACUGACAAAAUGUCCCUUGAGUCAUCUGACACGUGGAAAUGCUCGUUGUGCAAGAGAGAGUUCUCGGAUCGACGAGAGUUUUAUAUUCACACAGUUAAAUACUCACAUUCUUUGAUUCCACGUGGAUUUUUCGUCCCUCCAGCCCUUCCUUACCAUUUUGGUCUUCCCGAUUUGGCGUCACUCUGUCAACCAAGUGAUUUAUUGAAAGAACUCGCUGAGUUGGUGAAAGCUAAUGCCACAGAUAAAUAAUGUGUUUUUGCGAAUUGUAA